CUCUCACUCGUUCGCCGACGCUCGGCCCGUUCGGUUCACCUUGUGUCUUCUCUUAUUCGUCAUCUCUAUAUCUAUAUCCCUAUCUCUGUCUUUCUUUCUUUCAUUCCUUUUUCUUUUUUUUCUUUUUUCUUUUAAAUAUAUUAUCCCUUAUAACCAGACAAUAUCCAUUUGUCGUAGCCAUUUUCGUGCUGAUCUUUUGUGAUCGAUUGUAUCAAAAAAAGAAAAAAAAAAAAAGAAAAAAAAAAAGAAAGAUAAAAUAAAUAAAUAAAUAAAUGAACAAAUAAUAAAAUAAAAAGUAGAGCAUAAAUUUGAACUUGUGUAUUGGACUAACAAAAGGGAGCAUCGAAAUUAAUUAACGCGAGUGUUGAGAUGAAUUUUUGUUCUCUCUUUUUUCUUUUUUUUUUUUCUACCUUUUUUUUUUUUCCAUCGAAAAUUCAACAGUGCUCUGCGUCAUUGAUUUGUAGUUGAAUUCGGUCUUUCUUAUCUUUUUCUUUCCUUUUCUUUUCUUUUUUUUCUUCUUUCUUUUUUUUUUUCUUUUUUCGAACUCGUAGUUCUGUUUUAUCAGUGCGUAACGAAUUUGUAAGUAUUGGUUCUUACAAUUAGUGCGAUAUGAUCUUGCUCUGGAUACGAUUUCGGAUGGAUUAGAAGGCAGGCACAGGACGUUCGACGGCACGAGGAUGAAAGGUUACGAGGAUCGCAAAAGGGCGCGGAUUAGUGCUCCAAAAGAACAAAGGUCUUCGACCGUUACUAUCGGAAAUGACCAUGACGAGCGUGGCUGUCGGCCCGGGUAGCCUUGUAGCACCUCCAGCUAUGCUAACACCGAAGAUGUAUCAUCUACAGCAACCUUUAAAUCCAUCACCAUCUUCGCCCACAUCUGGGAAAAAUUACGAUACCCUAAGCAAGAACAAAAAAUCGUGGAGCGUAAGAUUGGGUUUAUCUCGACAGAAUCAAAACCCAGAUGAUCCUGUUAAGGGUUGGGGUACGAUAAGCAACGGUAGCGCACUGUCCCGUCAGAUGAUCUACGGGGACCCAUGGCUUUAUGGGACGGUUCGAUCGUCGAGACCUGGUCACGAUCCUCGAGCCUUUCUGACACCGGGACCCCCACCACCGGGUGCACCGCUUCUCGUGGUAUGUUCCUGCCCGGAGUUCCUUUGCGGAACUACCAGGAAACUCGGAAGCAAUUGCCGCAAGUGCGGUGGUCACCGAUUAGCUGGUGUACCUUUAGGAGGAACUUGCCGGUUACCAGCACCACCAUCGAGGUCCAGACCCAGUCUGGCAGGUGUACUGAAACCAGCGAUGGACGAUCCAUACGAUCAGAUGCGAAGGAACAGAUUGGUGGAGCCAAGAUCGAGAGCACGAAGUAUCUCGCCACACAGACCAUCGUCCCAACGAGAUUCACGAAGCCAGAGCGUAUUGAUGAGGAACGUGAAGGAACGAAAGGGUUCGAUCGAGGGUACUACUUCGAGAUUAGAGUGGUACGACAAGGAAGGUACGGUGCAUCCUCAUCAUUCUCAUCAUCAUCAUCAUCAGCAGCAGCAGCAGCAACAUCAACAACAACAACAACAACAGCAACAGCAACAACAGCAACAACAAUUACUACUACAACAACAACAACAACAACAACACGAGGAACCGGGAAGUCGCAAGUUACGACACAGCUUUGUUGGUGCAUCAAACGACUAUUGGUUGAAGGAGAAUCAAAAGGAGGAUGUACAAAGGAAUGGCGUAAUCGAUCGGCCAUGUCAAAGAUCGAUUCCGCGUACUUCGAAAAGAUCGAACGGGAUUGGAAGAAACAAGGAUAAUCAGGAUUGUUCAGUUUCAACGAAGACGUCCACGUUGACGUCAACGGAGACAUUGCCGACGACAUUGACAAGAACGAAAACGUCCAACUCGAAUGUACAAGAAAAUCACGGUGAUUCGAGAAGAAGUAUUCUCGAAUGUGACGUUAAUCCUUAUCUCCUAUUGAAGAAACAAAAAUACGAGGACGAUCUAAGCGACGAUCUAUCGGAUAAUGCAUUGGAACAGGAUGCGGAUAUGAGGACACCGUCGAAUCUAUUCGAUCCGUCCAAAGUUAAAUCAAUCGAAAGGAUACCAAACAGAGGAGCAGUGGCAACGAUAGGUGGUCAAAGGAUUCGUGUAUUCAAUGAGCCCAGAGAAAUAUCCGACGAUGAGGAGAAUACACCGGUCACGAGGAUACCGAUACCAAAGGUAUCGCCGAAAAGACCACCAAGAAAAUUGAAGGAAGCUAAGCAAACAUUAAAGAGUAUUUUAAAAAGGGGCCGUGUAAUUGAGAGUAAGAGAAAGAACGUUUUGUUCAAGGUCGAUAACGUUAUAUUUGCACCCGAGAAACCAUCCGAGGCUACGCGACUUUCAUGGAGUAGAAUCGGUAGGUUCGCCAAUUGUACGAAGGACACGCGAAAAGAGGAAUCCGAGGAAGAUGACGAAGACGAGGAAGAUGAUAGGCCAAUUAUAAUCGAGGAGGAUGAAGAGGAGGAGGAGGAGGAGGAAGAAGAAGAACCAAUCGUACCUAAGGAACAACAAGAGAAACAUAAAUUCAUAACCAUACCCAAUAUCAGUGAUCCCAAAGCUGACAGAAGUAAAAGCAAAGAUUCUAAGAUCCUUACGCAAGUUAGGAACGUUCCGGCGCAUAUAAAUUCUUCGAAGGUCGACAAUCUUGUUGUUACCAAGUCGAUCGAUAACGUUGAUAUACGUAAGAAGUCUUGCCAAGAGAUCGAGGCGAUCAGAUCGAACGAGAACGUCAUCUCUUCGUCCAAGUACGAGAAAUCCGGAGAGGAAUCUUACGUAAAGUGUAAGAAGAUAGACAACGAUCAGAUCAAGUUGGAGGACGAAACGGAAUUGGAGAUCGAGAUUGAAGAAUUGAACGAUAGGAUUCCGUGUAUCGCAGUUGACGAGAAGGAUCUAAUCCUUAGGUCGGAAGAGAACUCGAGAAGACCUUUCUUGUCGCGUAGCCAAAGUGACCGAUCGUUCAGCAAGCCGCAAGUUUCGGCAACAAAUGUUUAUUUCGCCGAUACGAUGCGUCUAAGUCUAGGGAAGAAAAUAAAAGAAUCCUCGUCGGCGUUAAUAACUCUAACGAACGAAUCGAUGAAAAGUACGAUGUACGUCGAUCAUGAUCUAUCAAAAAAACCAGAAAUUAUUAAUACAAUUACAGAUCCAAUAGUUCGUACUGAUACCGAAACUAUAAAAAUAGAAUCUCAACAAGAUAUUACGAAAGAAUCAAGAAUAUCAGACAAAAAUUUCGAAAUUAAUGACAAAGAAGUAGAAACAGUUGGAUCAUCGUUGACGAAAGAUCAAGAAAAUCUAGUACAGGAACAUUUUCGUGGUAUGAAACCAACGAGUUGGUCUCCACCACCUGGACGACAAAAGCAUCGUUUUAAGAUCAAUGAUUCCGAAACGAUUAACGAAGAUUUAGGUGGUUCUGGAUCGAUACAGGAUCAUAGAAGAUCGGUAUCAUCAGCUUCUACCUUAUCCUGGAACUCUAAUAGUUCGCAUGGAUCAUCGAAAAUUGAAAUAGGACCGGCAUUAUCAACCGAAAGUAAUGUUUGCAAGAUCACGGUUAGUCCACGAGCAUCGCCAUUGGUUCAUAGAUUACAAAUAGGACCUGGACUUCCAAAAACAGCUAAGAGAACGUCGAUAUUGAUAAAUGGUGAUCAAAGUUCCGGUGUUGAAUCUACUCCUGAUAACAAAGUCACCAUCAGUGUUGGCGGCGAGGACAGUGUUUGCAAUCCAACAGUGAUAUCAGUCAAUUCCGACAUCGUUCCAAAGAUUCAAAGUUCCGUUGAAAAUCGUACCUUGGUUAUAUUAGAUAAUUAUAAAUCUAACAUCGUUGUCGAAUCGACUAACGAUGAUACUAGAUCGAAACAAACUAAAAUCGAGUGUCAAAAAAACGAGGAACGUUCGAGGAACCUUGAAGACACAUUAUCAUUAUCAUCAAAGCAAGAUAAGCCUGUCAUCAAUAUCUUAGAAGAUACAACCGUUAAAUUGGAUAAACAAUCUAGAAACAUUAACGAUACAGCAAUAUCCACAAAAUCCAAUCAUUUAUCACGUGUGAUUUGUUCGCAUGAGGAAACGAAAAAUCAGAUUGAAGAAAAAUUUAAAGAAACUGAUGAUUCCACCCCCAAAUGGUCUGAUCUUUCAAAAGAAGUUAUGAUAUCUAAACUUUUGGAAGGAUCAUUGAGAAAAGCACGUGAAAAUGGUGAGAUAUUGGAUCAUGACAGUGGCGAAGCUAUCUUGAAGAUUUUAAAACAGAGCUUGUUAAAAAGCAAAGAAUACGAAAGUUCAGAGUCAACGUUAGAGGCCAAUUAUUCUAGAUCAUCUAGCUUGAACUCUGACACCGAUUUCGUUUCAACUAAUCUUUUUCUCGAAGAAAAUCCUUACGAAGUAAUAAAAGAACCAAUUUAUGAAGAGAUCCCCGACGAGCCACCACCAUUACCAUUAAGCCCACCACCUUCGGAAGAUUUCCUUAAAGACAGAAUUUAUUUCAGUGACGUCGAUUAUUAUAAAAAGGUUGGAUCUGGCGAAUAUAUGGGUUCUUAUUUAUCGGAGGAAGUUUUCAAAAAAACAAACUCAGACGAUCUAGCUGAAUCCUAUCUAUCAAAGAGUCCUGAGGAUUUCUUUAAAAAGAUAUCACUAUCGCCUGACGAAGAAAACAUUUCGACUAAAUUUGAAUUACUUAAUUUUCUGAUGGAUUCGAAAGAUCGUACAACAACUGUUGAUGAGGAGGACGAGGAGGAUGAUGACGAGGAGGAGGAUACUGAAGGUGACCUUGAGGCACUCUAUGAACAAAAGGAAACCAGUUUAGGCGAUCUCAGUUCUAAGAGUUCACAAAUUUCAAAUGUUUCUGACAGCAGCGAGGAAUGUAAUAUUAUCUUGACUAAUUUGCCGGAAACAUUGAAGUCAAGAACGGUGGACAUCGAAAGGACCGAUAGCGGUGUUGGGUCAGAAAGUAGUCAAGCUAGUAGUACUCGAGGUGUGGCAAGAAGAUGGAGAAGCGGGAACGUUUCGUCCGGACCAGGAAGUCUACUUAGCGGAAUACCGCAAGUGAUUUCCGGUGAUACGAAACUCUGUGAGGAUUGUGAACAACGUUUGGAUCCUUUGAUAACGGACAGUGGAGUCGUUUAUGCACCCUUUGUAUGCAGGAAGUGUUCCAAGAAAAGAGCCGAACGGAAGGAGAUCAUUACAGAGAUCGUUGAGACCGAACAAAAAUACGGCAGAGAUCUACAAAUUAUUCUUGAAGAAUUUCAUCGUCCGAUGCUGAAUGCAGGUCUUCUUACGUCUGAACAAUUGUCAGCCAUCUUUCUCAAUGUCGAAGAAUUAUUAGAACAUAAUCUUGUUCUCGCUGAAAAGUUGAAGGAUUCGGUUGAAUUUGCUCAGGAAUCGGGUGAUGAAGAUCUUCUAACAGUAGACGUCGGUAAAAUAUUUUUGGAAUCGGAAAGGAUGCUUCAUGCAUUCGAAAGUUAUUGCACUCGACAAGGCAGUGCAAGUUUGCUUUUACAAAAUUUAGAAAAGGAAAAGGAACUUCUUCGUAUUUUUCUGAGGGUCUCUCAAAUGGAGAACACUGUUCUACGUAGAAUGAAUCUUAAUUCUUUUCUAAUGGUCCCAGUUCAAAGAGUAACUAAAUAUCCAUUAUUAUUGGCACGAUUGUUAAAAGCUACGCCAUCAGUCCGACCAGAUAUUCAAGAAGCGAAGAAGAGACUCAAACAAGCUCAAACUAAUAUAGAAUUGCAUUUAGAACAUAUGAAUGCUGAAGCCAAGGAUGUUACGUCUACAAAAUUAUGGAGAAGAAUUUCAAUUAUACAAAAUGGUAGACGAUCAACCGGCGAGCAAGAUAUGGUUAACAUCAAAUUAAGAAAGAUGGCUGUAGAAAUUUUGGAAUGGGCUCAUGAAGAGGCAAGAUUUGUUCUGGAAGGUCGUCUCUUGGUUGCUCAGCCAACGGACAAUAAUUGGAGACGAGGUAGAACUGUCAAGCUAUCUCCUGUUACUGCCAUGCUUGUCACAAAUGGCAAGCCAACCAUUGAAUAUUUGGAAUUCAAUGAUGAUUCACUUUUUCCAAGACACAUAGGUAUCAAGGAUGCAACUUUACUUUUGGUGAAAGAAAAAAUUGGUCGUUAUUCUUUAUUACGCGAACCCUUGUAUCUCGACAAAUGUAUAGUAUGUUGUGAAACUAAUCUUGAGGAUUAUUUUGAAAUACAAGAAUUGUCUUCCAAGGAAACGUUUAUAUUCAAGGCUGAGGAUGGCGCCAGAACGAAAAGAUGGUGUAGAACAUUGCAAGCUCAUGCACAAUCUCUAGGUGCUUGGCGCAAACGUCGUGGAGCUUUACCUAAUAUCAUGAUAUGCGGCGUUGCUAGAAAUUAAUAGAACAAAAUCACAAUGAAUUUGAAUAAGGCGAGAGUAAUAUUAAAUCGCAAAUUACCAAAUUAUUGCAAAUUAGUUGCACAAUUUUUUUUUUUUUUUUUUUUUUUGCGAAAGAAAAGAAAAACGGAAGGAAGUGGGGAGAAAAAAAGGCAAGGAAUAUAUUUCUCCAAAGUAAAUUAUAAAUUAAAAUCAAUAGGAAAAUUUGCUUUACGAUGAUUUCCACUGCACUUCGAUAUAUUGUCGAAGAGCAAACAGAAAGUCUUUGGAACUUUUGAUUUAGUCUAUAUUAUUGACUAAAUCGAUUAUCGUUUCAUUUUCUUUUUUUUUUUCUUUUUUUUUCUUUUUUUUUUGUGUGUAUGUGUUCGAUUAUACAGUACGUUGCAGAAACUCAAGUUUCCUACGUAACUGUAAUCAUAAUAGGACGCAACGAAUUUUCUUUAUCGAUUCCUAACUAAUAUAUAAUCAUAAUUAUAUAAUACAUAUAAU